AUGGAGUCGAUUCCUUUUAAUCCGAUAUUGGAAUACAAUCCCGAUACACUGUUUUUUAUAAGGAAACAGUAUGACUUGGACAAAUUGGAGAGAAUAGAGGAAGCCAUCACCAUUUUAAAAGAUUGGCUCCAGAAACAGGAUCAUAUAGUUAAGAAAAAUUAUUCAUCAAAUUAUUUGGAGAGGGUCAUCAUCUUAAGUAAGGGUUCCGUGGAAAGAGCGAAGGCGAAACUAGAUAAAAUAGCUACUUUUCGAACUCUGCUGCCCCAGUACUUUGAACCGAUAGACAAUUUGAAGAAGACUCUAUUAAAUGAUUUAAUUACCGGAAUACCAUCGAAACUGACUCCUGAUCACUACCGGGUGGUGAUAACAGACCAUAAAAUCAAACAAGCUGAUUCGGGACUAAUGGAUUUCUACAGAUAUCUUAUUAUGGUUGCUGAGUACAUACAGUGCAAUGACUAUUUGAAUGGCGUAGAGGUGAUCCUUGAUUACAGAAAUUCAAACCUUUUAGAAAUAAUAAAAGCUUUGAAUUUAGUAGAAAUACAGCAAAUUUUUUCAAUCAUAAUGGAAGGCUACGGUAUGCGUAUAAAAGGCAUCCACUUUAUAACAACGUCAAAAGCGAUAGACACAGUGGUUUAUCUGUUCAAGUCAGCGCUAAAUAAGAAAGUUGCCGAGCGAAUCCAUGUCCACAAUAAUGUGGACACGUUACACAAACACAUACCUAAAGAUAUACUACCCUCUGACUAUGGUGGCCAGGCGAAAUCAUUACUUGAAUUAAGUCAUGACCUAAAAGCAGAGUUAAAUUCAGAAAACUACCUUAAGCAUUAUAAAGAGAUGCAGAAAGCCUGUACCAAUGAAAACUAUCGGCGAGACGACAAAUUCAACGAACAAUGCGUGGGAAUACCUGGCUCCUUUAGACAACUGAGCGUAGAUUAAAAAAUAAUACUAUUAACUAAAACGUGUUGCUUAGUAAUAAUAGCCUAACUAGAAAAAUUAGAAACCUAACCAGGUUGCGGGAUGAAAAGGGGAUCUAGUUUCUUCUAUUAGCAGCGCAGAAUAGGGAAUGGGGAGCAUCGCAGUCUGUGCGGGGCAAUGGACUAGAACCCCAUAGGCCAAAAGGCCUCCACUUUAGGGGAUGCAAAACAUAACCAGGGUAAAAGGUUGCCUCGCGUCUUACAUAGGCAAGCUGGCAAUGCCUCUAAGCCUCUCCUGACUCACUUGAUAGUAGACACACAUAUAACUACAAAUAAGCUUAAGAGAAAAAACGUGUGUGUGUGAACAGAAGUGGUAACUUAAACCUGCUGUGUGCAUGAGAGAAAGAGUGACGUAACGCGUUAAGUUACGAAGUAGUUUACCCUCCCAUAAGAAGAUAUCACAUCAACAUGACCGGAGGGGUAAGAUUUACUCUUCGAAACCACCCAGUUCUCCAAAAAACCGCGAUGUCCAAAAAAAAAAUCAAAAAUCAUUUAUUUCAAGUAGGCUGGCUCAGUUUACAAGCACGUCAGUAGGCUAUUUGUAAAGAUUCUACCACCGGUUUGGAAAGCAGGUUCUGCUGAGAAGAAACUGGCAAGAAACUCAACAGUUGACUUCAACGCUGAAUAAUAUUUGUGCCCCCAAUCCAGGUUUAAUAUUUCUGGUUAGGCUUUAUUACUAUUUUCAUGAUUAAUAAAAAAAAGUACUCUUUGUUCUCUGUUUUAUAUUCUGUGGAUAAAAUCUGUAGUCUAUGAAAUGAGAAUGACAGGUCUGAUAUGAUUGGAUAUUGCAAAAGGCGCCAUUUAUUGUAAUAACCAAUAGGAACGUUUGGCGGCCAAACGGAAAAAUGGAGGGUUAUGGUGACGUGAGUGGUGAAAGAAGGGGAAAAAUAGAUCAUUCUUUGAAAGUGUCGCGAAGAAACGUGGUUUUGAGAAAUAGUGUAACACUAGAUAUAUUAUAAUUUAAUUUGUAAUUGAAGAAAGGUGGAAUAAAGUUUUGUAAGGAACUAACUACUGAAGUAUAUUUUUGUUUCACACUAUCAUAGACAGAACAUAGAUACAGGUUGGUGACUGAUGGUCAGGAUGGAUGGUAUUUCAUACAAAAAACUCGUAUGUUGUCAAUUUAAAGAAAUUAUUCGUAUCUGGGUGGUUGAAUCUUGGUAAAUUUUGUGCAGGUAGUAAGUAAUAGUUUUCUUAUACUUGGAUUAUUAAUUAAGUACCUACUCAAUGCAUAAAAGUUAAGUCAAAUAAUGUUUGCAUUAUGGCAUGAUUACAUAAUGACAAAAAAUUUAAAAGAUAAGAAAUUUUAUUUUAAUUAUAUUGGAUUAUUAUUUUGCACUAUUCAUCAUCGUCGUCUGACAGAACAUAAAAACGACUGUCUAUAAAAAGCUGUAUGUAGGUAAGAGUGUAUUGCACAACCUGCAAUAAUAUCGCAUUAUAGUUGAGUCCGAUGUACUAUUUCAUAUCAUUCAGUGUUUUUGUAAGACUUAUUAUUGUAUAAACGGAAAAAUUGUCAAUUAAUUCAAUAAAUAGGCGCCUUUUG